AUGUUUCUGACGGACUCUGAUGCUUCGACACUCAGCAUUACGGUCGACGCCGCCAAGAUAAGCGUUCGUUCCCCCACUCACAUAUCAUCGGACUGCAUUUUACCAGACCAUUGCUUAUGUAAGACGGAGAUUUGCCAAUGUGGCUCCGACUUAGGAGUAACUGAAGCUAAUGCUAGAAGUAUUUAUGCCCAUUUGGGUUUCGUUGAUGGUCGAGAUGUGAUGGUGGCCGAGGGUUAUAGAAUGGACACUCUCCAUGUCUGGGGCACUCAUGAUUUAAGUACCAAGGAUCUUCUUGAUUGGUUGGAAGAGUAUAAUCCGAAGGGGGUUGAAUGGAUAGAUGACUCGUCCUGUAACAUUAUUAUGAACAAUGAAAACAUUGUUCUGCGUGUUUUGAAUAAGUUAGCUGAGCCUUUCGAUCGUCGAGUUGCACUUGCAGCAAUGGCAGCCGUUGUUUCCACAAUGAAUGGCGAAGACAAUUAUGAAUUUUUGAGGUCAUCCGAUGACUCCAAAUCUAUACCUGUGGUUGGAGCUACCAAUAAUCUGAUGCCUCCCAACGGAAGAUGGUUCAAGUCUGUCUCUUCUCCGGAACGUGCUUUCUGUCUUUACCUUCGUAUUGCACAUAAGAGCGAUGUGAAGUUACCUGGAGCUGAGCGUCGAAGCAAUUAUUAUCGCCGGUAUGGAAAUCCAAAUUAUGGCGGGGCAGUUGGUUUGUUGUCUCGUUCCUAUCGACGUAGAGCUAAGGCCGUUACACCGUCCAUUGACACGCGUUGCGUCACUCUUAAGAGCCCACGAAGUCUAAUCACUUAUAAUGACGACGUUCAUGGACUGGUGGUGCAUCUUCAGCAUGGUAGUAUCGCUGAUUCUGAAGAGGAGGAUUGUCAUCCGCGGCGACAAAAUUUAGCUUCCGGAAGACGAAGAGAGGCUGAAGCUAGCGGGUUGUCAAGGCCUCCUCGGAACCCACCCCCAAAGUGGCCACGAAGGUCUUCGGGUAUAUCAGUACCUUCCUUAGAGGCAACUACUGUCUUCCACCCUCCAGUUCACCAGUCAGCACUCAACUUCGACUUUGGCCGGAUGAGCGUCAAACAACGCCUGGGUACUCGCACUGGAGAAUCUGCACCCGCCCUCGCCACUGUAACCAUCUUUCCCGACGACGACGAUGCGCAGAAGGAUUGUGGCGAAGUGCAAAUGCUCACUUCUCUUCGUAUGGUUGCUGAUGUCGAAGAAGAGGCAACAAGGGCCAAGAUGUGUCUUCAGGGCGAAAAUUUAUUCAGUCCGAACCAAGAGAUCUGCCGCGGUCUUCGAGGUGGCAUCGUCACCGUCAUUUGA